AAGCUUAGGAGAUUACGAUCACCUGGCAAUACUGUUCGAACAGCACUUUAUUGUUGGCGAUUCCGCUGGACAGAACAACAAGACGUGGAAGCGUGUCCGUAAGAAUGGCUGAUGUUUCUGAGGAAAAACUGUCUAAAAGAAAGUAACAUGGGUCUUUUCUCAAGAAAUAUAUGGAGGGCAGUUACAAACAGUACAAACAUCUUGGGAAAUUAUGGCUGGAAGCUGUCACUUAAGAGUAAUGAUUUCCCAAGUUGCAGAUUCCUUUCUAAUUCCCACAGUGAGCUGAAGAGGCGGCUAAAAGCAGAAAAGAAGGCACAAGAAAAGGCUUUGAAGGAAGCGAAUAAACCAGAGCAGUCCACAAAACCCAAAAAGGUUAAUGAAGAGGAAAUAAGUGCCAAUGAAUACCUGAAAUUAAGAACACAAUAUGUUCAGCAACAAAAAGAUGAAGGAAAAGUUGUAUACCCCCACAAAUUCCAUGUGUCAACAUCACUUUCCGACUUCAUUAAAACAUAUGAUAGUUUACAACAAGAAGUUGAAGGGAAAGAAGAGGUCACAGUUGCAGGGAGAGUUCAUGCUAUAAGAGAGAGCAGCCAGAAGUUACGAUUCUACGACUUGAGGGCUGAAGAUGUCAAAUUGCAGGUAAUGGCAAAUUUAAGGUUUUAUGAAAGUGAAGAAUCUUUUAUGGAGGAUUGCAACAAAAUCAGGAGAGGAGACAUUAUAGGCGUAAAAGGUUUAGCCUUGCGUACAAAAACAGGUGAACUUUCCAUCCGACCAUCUAAAAUAGAGGUAUUAACCCCUUGCCUGCAUAUGCUGCCUCACCUUCACUUUGGUGUAAAAGACCAGGAAACCAGAUAUAGACAAAGGUAUUUAGAUCUAAUUAUAAAUUCUGAUGUUCGCCAGAAGUUCAUCGUCCGUGCAAAUAUUAUUUCUUAUAUCCGUAAAUUCUUUGAUGACCUUGGUUUCUUAGAAGUGGAAACACCUAUGAUGAAUGUUAUUGCAGGAGGAGCUACUGCAAAACCUUUUAUAACCCAUCACAAUGAAUUGGACAUGAAUCUUUUCCUUAGAAUAGCUCCAGAAUUAUAUUUAAAAAUGUUGGUUGUUGGUGGCAUUGACAGAGUUUAUGAAAUUGGAAAGCAGUUCAGAAAUGAAGGUAUUGAUCUUACCCACAAUCCUGAAUUUACAACCUGUGAAUUUUAUAUGGCAUAUGCUGACUACAAUGAUUUGAUAGAAUUAACAGAAAAGUUGGUAUCGGGCAUGGUUUACAGCAUUUUUGGUUCAUACAAAGUCCUGUAUCAGCCUCAAGGAGAAUUUGGUGAUGAAUGGGUAAUAAAUUUUACACCACCUUAUCGUAGACUCCAUAUGUUCCCAGACUUGGAAAAGGCCUUGAAUGUAAAAUUGCCUCCUCCUGACCAGUUAAACACAGAAGAAUCACGCAAAAUUUUGAGUGACUUGUGUGAGAAGCAUGAAGUUGAGUGUCCACCACCACGAACAGCAGCAAGACUAUUAGAUAAGCUUGUGGGGAAAUUCUUAGAAGAGCAGUGUAUCUACCCAACAUUUAUUAUGGAUCAUCCACAGGUUAUGAGUCCUCUGGCCAAGUACCACCGAUCCAUCAAAGGUUUAACUGAGCGAUUCGAACUCUUUGUUGCCAAAAAGGAAAUAUGUAAUGCAUACACAGAGUUGAAUGAUCCUCUAGAUCAAAGGGCAAGAUUUGCACAGCAAGCCCAAGACAAAGCGGCAGGGGAUGAUGAAGCUCAGAUGAUAGACGAGAAUUUCUGUACAGCUUUAGAAUAUGGCCUUCCCCCAACUGGAGGAUGGGGCAUGGGUAUUGACAGAUUAACAAUGUUUUUGACUAAUUCUCACAAUAUCAAGGAGGUUCUAUUUUUCCCAGCAAUGAAACCUGAGGAGCACAAUAAGAAACCUGGUGAUGAUAAGAAUGGCGAUAAAGAAAAUAAACCUGUGAGUUAACAUAAAUGCAACUCUAGUUUGUUGCUAUUAAGUAAAUGACUUGCUGCCUAUUUUUUUUAGGGUUAUUUUUUACUUAUGGCUUUACACUUUUCAUAGCUUUAAAUGUGUACCUCUGUAAUUGUAAUUUGAUGGGGAUAGAAAUGAAAGGUAUAAUUUUUUUUUUCAAUUUAUUUUAUUGUAAUUGAUGCAAUAGUAAUUUCUUUAAAUAAAAAAACGGUCCUGAAGUCGCAUGGAAUUUUGUGGUUUUAUAAAGUGAUUAAUAUAUUCAUUGUAGUGGAUAA